UUCGGCGGGCACCGCUAGUACCGCGCAACCAAACCGCCCCCUGCUCCUCCGCCUCCUCCUCCAAGCCGCUCCGCCCACAGCCAGCAAGGUCGAGGAGCCAUUCGAGCCGCCAUCGCUUAUUGGGCACGGGGCGCGCGCAUCUGUCAACGCCGGCUCCCAUUGGACAAUCCGCUCAGACGCCUCAGGAGCCGCCCCGCCCCGCUCCUCGAGUUGUUGUUGCUUGGCGAGGAGGCAGGAGAGGGAGAAGAGCGACCGCUCCGAUUGCAACUGCAAGGGCCACAUCUGGAAUAUGGGCACGCCACAAUAUAGACAAACCUUGAAGCCCUGAGUCUCCACUUGAAGAAGAGCCACCCGACCUACAUCAGACUAAAAUAUUCCCUGCGGCCUAGUCAAGAGUGACAUGAUGACCUUCACUCUCCUCCGGAAGUCCUGCCUUCCCUCUGCCGUAAGGAGUUUGAUUCUACAGAAGAACGCAAACAUCAGAAACAUGUCCAGCUCAGCUGAAGGGCUCCAGCCAGCCAGCGUGGUGGUCCUGCCCAGGUCCCUUGCUCUGGCCUUUGAAAAGUUCUGCCAGGCCAACAGUGGCCCUCUGCCCCUGCUGGGCCGAAGCGAGCCAGGCAAGUGGACCUUGCCUGCCCUGGGCGCUGUUCCAGACACCAGGAUGGGCUGUCCCCAGUUCUGGAAAUACGAGUUUGGCACCUGCGUGGGCAGCCUGACCUCGCUGGAGGAGUGCUCGGAGCAGCUGAAGGACAUGGUGGCCUUCCUCCUGGGCCGCAGCUUCUCCCUGGAAGGCUCCUUGGAGGAAGCAGGGCUCCCUGGAAGGAACGCAGCUGACCAUGGCCACGUGGGUGCAUACAAGACAGCCGUGCCUUGUGCCACCAUCGCUGGUUUUUGCUGCCCUCUGGUGGUCACAAUGAGGCCCGUUCCCAAGGACAAGCUGGAAAGGCUAGUGCAGGCCAGUUGCUCCACGGCGGGUGAGCAAGGACAACCUGUUCACAUUGGCGACCCAGGACUGUUGGGAAUCAAAGAUCUUGCCAAACCUGACUACGGGGAGCCUGUGGUGUGUCAGCCGGGGGAUGUUCCAGUGUUCUGGCCUUCUCAGCUGACCAGUCUCGAAGCUGUCAGUGGCUACAUGACCCCACUGGCUUUCACCAGCGCACCGGGUUGCACAGUGAUGACUGACCUGAAGGGUCCAGCGGCUCCGGCCAGAUGCCUCACCCCUGAGGGAAUGCCAGAGGUCCAUCACAUUUCCCAGGAUCCUUUGCACUAUAGCAUGGCAUCAGCUUCAGCUGUUCGGAAGAUCAGAGAACUGGAGACAAUGAUUGCUGUAGACCCAGGCAGCCGGGGAAUCAGGCACCUGCUCCGCCCAGACGAACUGCUGCGGGCCUCUCUGUCGCUGUCCCACGCCCGCUCCCUGCUCCUCACCACCGGCCUCCCCACGCACUUUAACCACGAGCCUCCGGAGGAGACGGACGGCCCACCAGGAGCUGUGGCUCUGGCCGCCUUCCUGCAGGCCUUGGAGAAGAGGGUCUGCAUGGUCGUUGACCGGAGAGCCUUGAGUUUGUACAAGAAGCUGGUUGACGAGGCUGUAGAGCAAGGUGUUCUGAAGACACAGAUCCCCCUGCUGACUUAUCAGGGCGGAUCAGCAGGAGCUGCUCAGGCGUUUCUAUGCGCAGAUGGGGACCCCAAGUCACCUAGAUUCGACCAUCUGGUGGCGAUAGAGCGCGCGGGAAGGGCUGCGGACGGCAAUUACUACAACGCGAGGAUGGUGAGCAUGAGGCACUUGGUGGACCCCAUCGACGAGCUUUUCCUGGCAGCGCAGAAGAUUCCUGGCAUCUCAUCAACUGGGGUUGGUGAUGGAGGCAAUGAGCUUGGGAUGGGCAAAGUCAAGGAGGCCGUGAAGCGCCACAUACGAAAUGGGGACGUCAUUGCCUGUGACGUGGAGGCUGACUUUGCUGUUAUCGCUGGCGUUUCUAACUGGGGAGGUUAUGCCUUGGCCUGUGCGCUGUACAUCCUGAACUCAUGUGAGGUCCACAGACGUUACCUGAGGAAGGCAGUUGGGCCCUUCAGAGCACCUGGGGCACAGAGCUGGACUCAGGCUCUCCCAUCUGUUGCUAAGGAAGAAAAAAUGUUGAGCAUCCUGGUGCGGCACAGAGUCCGGAGUGGAGUCUCAGGCCUCGUGGGCAUGGAGGUGGACGGGCUGCCCUUCCACGACACUCACGCCCAGAUGAUCCAGAAGCUGGUGGACAUCACCACAGUGCACGGGUGACCGUGCACAUUAGAGGCAUGGGGGGUGCGGACCAGAUGCUCACGCCUGGAUCUAGGGAGGAGGGCCCCAAGGGCCCCAGCAUCCUUCCACAAUAGCCUUGCAAAUAAACCCUGGCUUCACUCUGGCCUGGGAAACUUCAUGCCCACCUCCUGGGAGGGCGGUGCAAGUGAUGCGAACCAAGGAAAACACUUCUCUGGGGGUUCCAAUUUCUGCUAUUAUUCCUAAGUGUGGAAGAGGCAUUGGUUUCAACCCUUCUCACCAGGGCUUCUUCAGAUCACCCAUGGAGUCUGCUCUGAGAGUCUUCUGACCGAUCACUGAGCAGUGAACCGCCAGGCAGACAUAAGGGGGCCCUGAAUAAUCCCCCAGGCUCAUUAAGAAACAGCAAAAUGUACAACUGUGUAGUGUAUAUAAUGAAGCUCUAGGGCAUCACUCAAGGUUUACUCAUCACCACCACCGACAAAAUAUUUAUACCUUUGAAAAUCUCCUUUUCAAACAGCAUUUUGUUUAUUUAGGCAAAAGAUGCCUAGAAGCUUAAGUUUAUCACCAUCGCCUCCCUCUGCCCCUCCCCAUCUGCUCACCCCAACUCCGGAGCCAGAUUCUGCCCUCCUUGCAUAGGACGGCGGCCACACUCCUGGUGCCCGGGGGUGGGUCCGGACCACCCAGGGCUUAGAUCGCUCACAGAGUCCUCCUAGACAGUCAUCAGCUUACUCUGUCUCCUUCACUACCUCCCACUGCACGUUCUCCAACCAAAUCCAAGGCGUAGUCACUGACCACAUCCCAUGACACUCACUACUGAACCAGCAGUGUAUCUUGUGCCGAGUGACGGCUGGCUCAUCCAGAUGGAGUAGUCCUGCUUCCCAGCUGCGGCCCCAAACGUUUAUUGUGUCUAUUUUAUUUUAUUUCCUUAAACAUGUCCAGUUUGCUUCCUUUUGGGGCAUUAGCUCUAAAGCAUGGAACACAUGCUGUAGAAAUUAAGUUGUACACUCAACAAUAAAACCUAAGUGUUUAGUUAA